AUGGUUUUGCUUCUCCGACCUCACUGUCGAGGACAUCCAUUCUCUCGCCAGUUCAAUUUGCUCCGAAUUAUUGAGUCAUCCCGAGCUCGGUGCUUCUCCACCUCUUUUCAGUUGCGGACUGGAUCUUCUUCAUCAUCACCAACCACAGGAGAAGGGCAGAAUAAUACAAACCAACAACAACAACAACAACAACAACAGACACAAACACCAGGCACAACAAAAUCACAAGAAGACCAAGAUUUGGAAUUUAUCAUCGAACAAGCAUAUAUUAAAAAGAAAGUUGAGCAAGCAGCUAUGGGAGAACGAGUAAAAGGAGUCCUCGAACAAGCCAAGGCAAAACAAAGAAGAAAGGCUCAUUUCAUUGUUUCUUUCGGACUAGUUGCUGCGGUUGCCAUCAUUCUGUUCGUCAUUGCUGUUCAUCAACGAAAGAAUUCUGGCGUUCAAACAGAAAUCACAAGAGAUCGCAAAUUUUAG